GUGGUGUCAGUCUAGUGCCGCUCUGCAUGUUCCACGAUGUGAAUUGAGUCGGCUUUGUGAGAGUAUGCCGUAACGCUCAUAUCGUUUCGCUUAAAGUUCAUAACAUAUAACGGCUGUUAGGCGGCGUAAAAAUUUAUAGAGAGCUAUGUAGAUCUGACUUUUCGAUCAGUAGAAAUCAAUAUUUGCUGCAAACAUUUCUACUAGAUGCUCCGAGCUUCUUCCGACAAGUCACGUUCUAUGCGCUGGUGCUGUUGUCUAAUUUCCAACGAUGCGAUACGCGCGUCUUCGGUUGUGAGCGUGAUUGAACACACUCAAUAAUCUAUCUAUGUUCGAAUUGAAAGUACUAGAGGCAUUCCACGCAAACUAUAUUUCGUACGGAAUGAAAAAACCAACAAAGCCAGAAAUACAGUGCGUCUAGGUAGCCGACUAGUGAUGGUGCCACCGUUGUGCUUAUCAGCUAAUAGAAAUAGGGACUGUCUGCGCGACAAUAAAUUUGGCGCUGUAAUCAAUUUUCGAAAAUAUUCUGAUUCACGCCAUUAGACUGUUGAUACGAGGACGCAGCGCUCACUCACUCUGUUUGAGUAGUACUCGGUGCUCAAAUCCACCAGGCUCAAUAGCUUCUUUGACCAUGCCUAAUCGAGACAGUAAUCAACUAUCGUGGAUACCUCGCUCGCUUCGGAAUGUGGUUUUCAAAGUUGCACGUAUUGGAAAUCGAUGUAAUGAAGUCAACUCCGACAGUCUAGAAUCGGUAUUUGUAGUGCAUCGGCAUUCGAUACGUGCCCCUACGUAUUUUCCUGCCGGAGACCCGUAUCUUAACAGAGAUAACUACCCGCGCGGCGCCGGCUAUCUUACUAAAAAGGGCGUAAUUGCGUGCGGAUCAAUCGCCAACGUUUGGUCUUCGUGGUACCCUGAACAUAUACAUGGAUUAGACCACACAGCUGUAUUUGUGCGCUCAUCUGAAUCGCCACGAUGUCAUCAGACUGCGCAAGCCAUUUUGUCUGCCUUAUUUAGUACUCAAGAGACCAUUUACCCAGUUCCAGUGUAUGGGCCUCCUCCUGGAUUUGACAACUACAUUUCUGUGGUAGGAUAUGGUAAAAACAUCAACAACGUGCUAAGAAGCCAUUACCAAGAUUCCGUUUCACAGCCAAAUACGCUGGGUGCGGUAACAUUUGGCGACGUAAUAGAGGCUGUAAAAGACGUUAUGACCGUUCCAGCACCACUCGAAUACGAAGUGUUCACUUUCCUCGAUGGUAUAGUGUCGAACAUGUACGAGGAUCAUCCAAUCCCAGAUUUCUGGACGCGCAACGAACGUAUCCUAACGGAAGUAUAUGAGAAGCUGUAUGCCCUUGUAAUAGAACAGUAUAGACCGUACUAUGGUGGGCAUCUGUUGAGGGGUAUAGCACAGCGAAUGAAGCAAGUAUUCAAUAAGGAGCUUUCAAGUGGCACACGGUGGUGUGACUAUUCCUUUCAUGACUUCUCUUUGACAGCGAUUUAUCACGCACUAGAGGGAGAAAUCAACCUUCCCAAGCCUCAUUUCCUUGCUGCAAUCUUUUUUGAGCUUCGAACGGCCAAUGAUGGAAGUCAUUGGGUCGAGGUCUACCACAGCCAUGGGAUAGCUCCAGACGGCAGCUACAGCCCCAGAGAGCCAAUGCGCAUGCGUUGGAACGGCGGAUCUCAUCGCGUCAUAUUUGAGAAAAUCUUCGAGAAGAUGUACAAUAACGUUUAUAUCGACAAGCUUCUAGGGGCAAAUGGCAAGAAACGCAACCACGAAGAAAAUGGAAUAUUUUGAAGUACAAUCAUAAACAUUUUCCACCUCAAAUGCCACGUCAAUUUGUUAUACGCGACUUCCGAUUGCGAUUGUGAUGCACCGCUGUGGAACUAUUGUUGCUUAGCGUAGCAAAUCCAUUAUAAAGAAAACGCUUUUAAAAAUCUACGACAUCAACUAAAGUAUAGAUAGGUUGUGUGACAUUACGGAGAAGCUUGCAGUGUCGUUCGCUCAUAUAUCGAGACACCUAUUCGCAAUAAACGAUCAGUAUAUUAUAUAUAUAUAUAUAUAUCAAAGCAAUUAGCAGGCUAUUCUAGCUACUAUCGUUACCUAUAAACAUCUUAUCGCGUCCUUUAUCGGAGCUAUCAAAAAAGGUCCAACUAGCCAAAGAACCGAAAAACUAUUCACUGAAGGCUAAUUUAAUCAACUGCCAAAAAUAAAGGCGCAGAAAUUCUUAGGCCAAAAGCCUACCGGUCACAGAAAAUUACACUAAAACGAUUAUUGUACGCAGAUAAUUUAGGAAGCAAUGCAGUAUACACGGAUACACAGACAGACAUAAACUUUUGGCAAUACAACAUAGAUGGGAAAAUGGUUACCAAAUAUAUAGGACUGUACUCUUUGAAGAAGUUGUUUAACUAUAAUUGUCAACCUCGUCGUCGUAUCUAAACCAGACGACAAAUUUACACAGGCAAUCGAACCAGCCUAGAUUGUUGUUGUGUGGUCAUCUGUAACCAGCAGUUGGCUAGUGGUAACCCUGAUCUGCUGCGCCACCGACACCUGCCAAUUUCAAAUGUAAAACACUCCUGCAACACAAAACAACAUAGACUAUAUUUACAACUGUUGGCUCUAUUGGUAUUGUAUUCGUAGCGCAUGAAUACGUUUAUAUGAGGAGCGCGCACCUGUGACAUCAAGACCAUUGAAUAAAAAUAUAGUUAAUACGGAUCGCCUUUGGGAAAACUGCAUAUAUAUUGUGAAUUCGAGAAAAACAAUUGGAAAAAGAGAA